AUGAAUCAACAUGUAGACAUGAGUUAUUGGGACGUCGCAUGGCGAGGCUACAAGGAAGACAACAACGCGUCUCUCUUCUGCGAGACACAUCCUUCCAUAUUAAACUCGCACGGAGUAUGGGAGAGAUUGAGUUACAAGUCACGAGGGAUGAGCUUCUGGGAAUAUCCGCUCCCAAAUCUCGAGAUCAUACUAUUCUCUACGUAUGUUAUUUGGCGGCUCCUCGAUUUAGCAUGCAACAAAAUCCGUCUUCGAGUACCUAGAUUCACCUAUAUGAUGAUCGCAGGGGUAAUCUUAGGUCAAACCUGUCAUUUAAACAACAACUCUUGGCUCCGUAACAUAUUUUUCCCUGAUGAUAAACGACCAAAGGUCGCCGAGACUGUAGGGGCUUUCGGGUUUCUUAUAUAUUGGUUCCUAAAAGGUGUGACAAUGGAUGCUGCAAUGGGAUUUAGGAUGGGGAAAAAAACUGGUGUGAUUGCGUUCACCACAAGUUUUGUACCCUUGAUUCUUGGCAACUUGUUCUUUAGAUUGAGAAUGCGAAGAGGCACUACAAGCUUGUUAAGGACGGAAUACAGGUUGAUCGUAUUCCUGCAAAGCAUAUCUGCGUUCACAAGCAUUGACACGCUCCUAAAAGACAUCAAGAUCAAACACUCCGAAUUUGGGAGGAUAGCACUUUCCGCGGCCAUGGUGACCGACAUGUUGGCUUUUCUUCUAACGUUUUUGAAUGCAAUGCAUUGGGAAGGAUAUAAAGGAUUGAUCCAAACCAUAGGUGCCUGCUUGUUUUUUGCCUUUAUGGUCUAUGCCGUGAGGCCGGCUUUGUUUUGGGUGAUCAAGCACACUCCAGAAGGGAGGCCGGUCAAGGAUAGUUACAUCUACUUUAUUUUGGCGCUCGCUUUCUUCUCCUUCCAAUAUUUUCACUAUAUUCAUCUCUAUGGAGCAGCAGGAUCGUUUGUUCUUGGGUUGGCUGUUCCUGAUGGAUAUCCUUUAGGUGCUGCUUUGGUACAAAAGUUUGAGAGCUUUAAUCUUGGAGCUAUCUUGCCACUAUUUGGAUCGUUAAGUAUGAUGCAGUUAGAUCUCUCAUGGUUGCUCAAAGAAUGUGGUAAUCUCGUACGGAUGGAGGGUAAACUUUAUGAGGUCGUUUCCUUUCUUUUUUUCGUGAAUACCACAAAACUCAUUGCUUCCACCAUAGCUGCUUUUGCUUUAAAAAUGCCCUUAAGUGACUCCUUUGCUCUAGCCCUUGUUCUUAGUAAUAAGGGAAUCUUCGAGCUCUCCUACUUCACGUAUGCAGUUGAAAUGAAGGUUGUAACGCCAGAGGUUUUCACAAUCAUAGCUACAUUCAUCCUCUUGAACUCUAUCUUUAUACCAAUGGCCUUAGAGCUCGUCCAUGACCCAACCAAAAGAUUUAAAUGCUACCAAAAGAGGAAUUUAGUAAUCUUGAAAGACGGCGCUGAGCUCCAAUCUCUUGUAUGCAUCUACAAACCUGAUCACAUAACUUCGAUGAUCGACCUUUUGGGAGCUUUUAAUCCAUCAAAAGAUUCUCCAACGGUGUGCAACAUUCUUCACCUCAUCGAACUUGUGGGUCAAGCUAGUCCUGUGUUCAUUUCCCACCAGUUGCAACAACCAGAGCCCGGAAGUACUUCUUGUUCCGACAAUGUAAUAAGCUCCUUCCGUCGCUUCCACAAACAAUUCCUUGAAUAUACAUCAAUGGAUAUUUUCACUUCUGUCUCCAUGUCCAAACACAUGCAUGAAGACAUUUGUUGGCUUGCCUUAUCCAGAAGCCUAUCUCUUAUUCUGCUACCUUUCCACCGAACCUGGUCUGUUGAUCGAUCCACGGUUACUUCCAACGAUGAUAAGCUGAGAAUGAUCAACAUUAACGUCCUAAGACGAGCCCCUUGCUCUGUUGGAAUAUUCAUCUAUCGCAAACCCAUCGUGGAAUCUCAUAUGACUGGGUACAGUAGCAAGAUAUGUUUAAUUUUUAACGGUGGAAUGGACGAUGGAGAGGCUUUGGCGAUAGCGAAUAGAAUGAGACUGGCGGGAAAACGGAUAAGCCUAACGAUUGUAAGAUUCAUUCCAACAUUUUUUGAUCAAAUGGAGAGCCAGGAGUUUGAGGAGACCUUCGAAAUGGCUAACCUGAAGGAGACGGUGACUAGCAUUCUUGGGUCUAACGUCAAAGAAAAUGAUGACUAUGUUACAUAUAUCGAUAGAGCGGUUUCGGAUGGAUCGGAGACCUCCAAAAUAUUACGAGGAAUGGCAAAUGAUUAUGACUUGUUUAUAGUCGGAAGGAGCAGCGGAAUUGAUACCGAGGCUACCAGCGGAAUUAGUGAGUGGACAGAGUUCGAUGAACUUGGACCCAUUGGGGAUUUAUUAGCAUCACAUGAGUUUCCUUCUAGAGCUUCUGUGUUGGUUGUACAAAAACAAGAAUACGUUUAUCAUUCCAAAAGCCAAAAAAGGAUAUCAUUAUCUACGUAA